AAUUGGUUCCUUCACUUAUGAGCAACCUGCUGAAUCCAGAUGCCAUUUUCUCCAACAAUGAAAUGAGCCUGUCAGACAUCGAGAUCUACGGCUUCGAUUAUGACUACACCUUGGUGUUUUAUUCAAAGCACCUCCACACUCUGAUCUUCAACGCGGCUCGGGAUCUUCUCAUCAAUGAGCACCGGUACCCUGCGGAAAUCAGGAAGUACGAGUACGACCCCAACUUCGCGAUCCGCGGGCUGCAUUACGACGUCCACCGGGCGGUCCUGAUGAAGAUCGAUGCCUUCCAUUACAUCCAGCUGGGCACCGUUUACAGAGGCCUCAGCGUGGUCCCCGACGAGGAGGUCGUCGAGAUGUAUGAGGGGUCACACGUGCCCUUGGAGCAGAUGAGCGACUUCUACGGGAAGAGUUCCCAUGGUAACACCAUGAAGCAGUUCAUGGACAUCUUCUCCCUCCCGGAGAUGACGCUGCUGUCCUGCGUGAACGAGCAUUUCCUGAAGAACAACAUUGACUAUGAACCGGUGCACCUGUACAAGGACGUCAAGGACUCCAUCCGUGACGUCCACAUCAAAGGCAUCAUGUACAGAGCCAUCGAGGCGGACAUCGAGAAGUACAUCUGCUACGCGGAGCAGACCCGCGCGGUGUUGGCCAAGCUGGCGGAUCACGGCAAGAAGAUGUUUCUCAUCACCAACAGCCCCAGCAGCUUUGUGGACAGAGGGAUGCGGUACAUCGUCGGGAAGGACUGGAGGGACCUGUUCGACGUGGUCAUCGUGCAGGCCGAGAAGCCCAACUUCUUCAACGACAGGCGCAGACCUUUCCGAAAGGUGAAUGAGAAGGGCGUCCUGCUGUGGGAUAAAAUCCACAAGUUGCAGAAGGGCCAGAUCUACAAGCAGGGCAAUUUAUACGAGUUUUUGAAGCUCACUGGCUGGAGAGGCUCCAAAGUGCUGUAUUUUGGUGACCACAUAUACAGCGACCUGGCGGACCUGACCCUGAAGCACGGCUGGAGGACGGGCGCCAUCAUCCCCGAGCUGAGGUCAGAGCUCAGGAUCAUGAACACGGAGCAGUACGUCCAGACCGUGACCUGGCUGCAGACCUUGACCGGGCUGCUGGAGCAGAUGCAGGUUCACAGAGACGCGGAGUCGCAGCUGGUUCUUCAGGAGUGGAAGAAGGAGAGAAAGGAGAUGAGAGAGAUGACCAAAAGCUUCUUCAACGCGCAGUUCGGCAGCCUGUUCCGCACGGACCAGAACCCCACCUACUUCCUGCGGCGCCUGUCCCGCUUUGCGGACAUCUACAUGGCGUCCCUGAGCUGCCUCCUGAACUACGACGUGCACCACACCUUCUACCCCCGCCGGACUCCGCUGCAGCACGAGCUGCCCGCCUGGGCCCACUGGUCGGCCCCACUCGGGGCCCCCGUCCAGCAGGCCGCCCAGGCCGAGUAGCCGCAGCCCGGCUCGGGU